AUGGGGCUCGGAGGCAGCAAGGCACCGCCUCUCGAGGAGUGGGUGGUGAAGGUGGGAGAGACGCAGGAGAUGAAGACGGCGACAAACGCGGUUGUGACGUCCAAGUACACAGCCUGGAAUUUUGUGGUUAAGAACCUUUGGGAGCAAUUCCACAAGGUUUCGAACAUGUACUUUGCGGUUAUUUGUUGCCUGCAAAUGAUUCCCCAGAUUUCCACGACCAACGGCGUCCCGACCCUAGCACUCCCUCUCUCGAUCGUUCUCGUGGUGAACGCGGCGAAAGAUGCCUUCGAAGACUGGCAGCGCCAUCGAUCCGAUCGCAUCGAAAAUGGACAGGUAACCCACUGCAUUGCGAAGCCGAGCGACCGAUCCGAGGCCGCCAAGCGCUUGAGGGACGCGACGCAAGUGGCCCAAGAGACCAGAGAGAAGAACCAGUCGCCAGAGAUGCCUCCGGCCGAGGUUGUCGAUGCGGAGAGCUCGUCGGCGACGCAGCUGGGGCUCACUCCUGCGCAGUGUCGGGCUCUGGGGAUCUGUCCAAAGUUGUGGAAAGAUGUGCAAGUGGGCGACAUCGUUCUCUGUCUCAAGAACGAGUGCUUCCCCGCCGACAUGGUCCUCCUCGCGACUUCCGACACGCGCGGCGGCGCCUUCGUGGAGACGGCGAGUCUCGACGGCGAGACCAAUCUGAAGCUUAAGCAAACGCACCGCACGACUUUCGAGUGGCUCGGAAGCUGCCUCCCGCUCUCCGUCUGCUACCUUCUGACGCGCAGAGGUCGCCUCCGGUGUCAGGUUCCGAACCGCGACUUGAACGCGUACGAAGGCGUCCUCGAGCUCGACGCAGCCAUGUGCGACUUGGGCGAGACGACAGGCGACACCCUCGCCCCGCACGACCGUGGCCUCGAGUUCGCCGGAAGAGUGAACGGCCACAUGAUCGUCACCUGGCCGCAAGCUGACGCCGCUUUCUCCAUUCAGCAGCUUCUUCUCAGAGGGUGCAAACUGCGAAACACCGAAUGGGUCCUCGGACUCGUCGUCUACACCGGCGUCGAAACAAAAAUCCAAAUGAACAGCUCGAGUCCGCCGCGGAAGAGCUCCCGCGUGGAACGGCUGACUAACAAGCUGACACUGUCGAUCUGGCUGAUCCAGACGCUGCUCUGUCUGGGCGUCUCCAUCGGGCACACGGUCCUGAUGUUCGACUCCACGGCCAAGGCCCGCACGUACCUGGGUGCUGCCGAGGGCUCUGAAAGCCCCGUCGUCUUCUGCAUUUUGAACUUUUUCACGUGGAUGGUGUUGACGUGCAAUUUGGUGCCGAUUUCCCUCGUUCUCCAGAUGGGAAUGGUGAAGGCGCUUCAGUCGCUGUUCAUCGCGCAAGAUGACAGCAUGCUCUUUUACCCGGUUCCAAAGAUGAAGGGUUGCGUGAUGUGCCGGCAGGAGACAGCGCAGACAGGCGACGGAAGAGCCGCAGGAGCCGCGACGAGGCCGAAGACUCCGACGACGCAAGACGCUCGCCUCGCCGAGAAGACUCCAGGCCAGAUUCGAGACGUGAAUCCAGGCGAGAGUCGAGACGUGAAUCCAGGCAAGAUUCGAGACGUGAAUCCAGGCAAGAUUCGAAACGUGAAUCCAGGCAAGAUUCGAGACGUGAAUCCAGGCAAGAUUCGAAACGUGAAUUCAGGCAAGAUUCGAGACGUGAAUCCAGGCAAGAUUCGAGACGUGAAUCCAGGCAAGAUUCGAAACGUGAAUCCAGGCAAGAUUCGAAACGUGAAUCCAGGCAAGAUUCGAGACGUGAAUCCAGGCAAGAUUCGAGACGUGAAUCCAGGCAAGAUUCGAGAAGCGAAUCCAGGCAAAAUUCAAGAAGUGGAUCCAGGGGAGAUUCUAGAAGCGAACCCAGGCGAGACAGCAGAGACCUCAGGGAGAGACGACGUUCGCGGUCGAAAGACAUUUCUUAUCGUUCUGCUGGCGAGCACGGCGCGAGCCCCGUCCUGGGGGCAUUCUCAGAAACUCUUGCAGCAAGCGAGGCUCCCAGCACCAACUGCCUUUCGGGUUCCUCGGGGUGGGCGAGGGCUGUCUGCGCCGCACGAGUUGCGCCUUUGCACAGACAAGGGGGGGAGAGCCCCGUCGAGGGACUCACCAGCUGCGCGCGGUGUCGCCGCAGUCCUUCCGCACCCUCCUGGCGACGACACGCCCUCAGAGAGAAGCGGCUGGGGCUGCGUCGGAGACAAGUCGGAGACGGAGGCGAUCGCAGGCCCCGCGCAAGUCUCCGGCGUCUUUACACCGUUACACUCUCUAACUCGCUCUCUGGCUUCAACUCUCUGGCGACGGGACAGCGGCUCUGGGGCGUCUCUUCCCUGCAGGCGGUCGGCACGCCGCGCUCGCUUGGUGGAGGCGCGACUGCCUCGCGGCUCUGCGACCUCGCAGUCGGAGGCAUGCGGCGCCUGGUCGUUGGGCGCUGCAGGCGCGUGCCGGCAGUUUCGCACGGCGUGCGCAGUGGGCAGAGAAGUGUCCGAUUCGCGGACCUCUGUGCGCUCUUCGUACUCGUCGGUGCCGCAGCAAGAACCGACGUACGCGAGUCGCGAUUCCGGCGCGAGUUCUCGACAGCCGAUGAACUUUCUCGCCUCGGGCGUCCCAGAGCCGCCAUGUCGGAGCGCGUCGGACGGCGCGUGCGCAGUUCAGGACGCGUCUCUCGGCUUCGAGGCUCGGCAAGAGAGGACAAAACCCGAACAGGGCGCGUGGCCGAGGACCAGCGAUUUGAACGAGGAGCUCGGCCAGGUGGCCUACAUCUUCAGCGACAAGACCGGCACGAUGACCUCGAACGUCAUGGAGUUCCGCAAGUGCUGCGUUCGAGGACUGAGUUAUGGACAAGGUCUGACUGAGAUUCGCAGGCAGGCGCUGCGGCGUCUGGGCCUUCCAAUCCCGCAGGAUCCUCUUCCUUCCCCGGAUGAGCCUACGACGCCUCAAGUCCAGAUGGUGGACAGCGCGUUGCGCCGCCAGCUGCAGGACGCGAACCACCCCAUGCACACUUAUUUAGUCGACUUUUUUCUGCACUUGGCAGUCAAUCACGCCGUUGUUUUGGAGACGGACCAACGCGGAGUUAAAAGAUAUUCUGCGUCGAGCCCCGACGAAGGCGCCCUCGUGUACGGCGCUCGUCACUUUGGAAUCGAGUUUCUGGGUCAGACACCCAACGGGCUGGAAGUCGCGGUGCUGGGGAGGACUGUCCGCGUGCGGGUUCUCGCCGCUGUCGAGUUUUCCAGCAAACGGAAGAGAAGCAGCAUGCUCUGCGAGGUGUACUACCCUGCCUCUGCGGGCGAGAACGAGACCGAGGGGAAGAGCGCGAAGCGGAAGACGAAAAAGCGCAUCGUCCUCUUCACCAAGGGCGCCGACACAGUCAUUGUCCCGCUUCUGAAACGCAGAGAAGAAGCCGAGACGCAGAUGCUGAAGACCAUGGAGGAAUACGCCGCAGACUGUCUCCGCACGCUGUGCAUCGCCAAACGCGAGGUCAAGAACGAAGAAUUCGUCACGUGGUUCGCCGCCUACCAGGCAGCCGAAAGGGCCACCGUCGGCCGACAAGAACAAAUCGAAGCAGUGGCUGAGCGUCUAGAAGUCCAGUUGGAGCUACAAGGGAUCACCGGCGUGGAAGACAAGUUGCAGGCCGGAGUGGCGGAUACCAUUGAGAAAUUGCGAGCCGCUGGCAUUAAGGUUUGGAUGCUGACAGGGGACAAGGUGGAGACGGCAGUGAACAUUGGAUUCGCCACGUCUCUCUUGACGGGGAACAUGAAGCAGAAAACGUACGUAUGGGAGGAACUGGACCGAGACAAGGCACUGCUGCGCGAGCGCCUGGAAGACCAGGAAAGGACCCUCCUGGCGAUGCAGGAAGGCGACGAAGCGAAAGCGCUCAACGGGCAGGAGCAGAAGAGCACCGAUGCAAACAAUGCGGGAAAGGAACGCGAGUGGAAAGCGCACGCGCUCGUUGUGGACGGCGAGGCUCUCCAGCAGAUGCUCGAACCUGAUAUGGAAGAAUUGUUCGUCUCCGUGUGCACCAAGUGCGUCACUGUCAUCUGCUCCCGCGUGACGCCCCAUCAAAAGGGGGCCGUCGUCUCGCUGAUCAAAAAACACCAGAAGCAAAUCACGCUGGCGAUCGGCGACGGCGCGAACGACUGCAACAUGAUCCAGUCGGCGGACAUCGGCAUCGGGCUGAAGGGGGAAGAAGGCAUGCAGGCGUUUAACUGCGCCGACUACGGCCUAGUGCAGUUCCGCUUCCUUCUGCCACUGCUCCUGACACACGGGAGUUGGAACUACAGACGAAUCUCAAAGCUGGUGCUCUACAUGUUCUACAAGAACUUGGUUCUCGUUCUGCCGAUGUUCUUCUUCGGCUACAUCUCCCUCUUCUCUGGCCAAAAGUUCUACUUUGAAUUUCUCUACCAAAUGUACAACGUCGUUUUCACUGCCAUUCCGAUCACGCUCUACGGGGUCUUUGACCAAGAUGUCGACAGGACACUUGCUCUCAAGUAUCCACAGCUGUACCGCUGCGGCCAACUGGACUUGUACCUCAAUCUCCGUGUCUUCCUCAAGUGGAUGCUGAACGGCGUGUGGCAGGCUGUGGUCAUUUUUCUCCUUCCCACGUUCGUCUUUGGAAACCACACGGUCCCCACGACCACUGGCCGAACCAUGGACAUCUGGAUGGUGGGAACCCUAAUGUUCAUGAUGAACAUGAUUGUCGUCAACAUCAAGGUCCUUCUGGAAACGUACUACCUCACCUCCAUCAUCUGGGCGGGGUUCUACAUCAGCUUGCUCGCCUGUCUCUUGUUCGUUUUCCUCUUCUCGAGCUGGCCCGGCCUCGCAGGAAGUGUUCUGGGCUGCGUUUUCUAUCUCUUCAUCGACGCUUCGGCGUGCUCCGUCAUCUCGACGGCGGCGGUGGCGACUCUCUGUCUCGCGCGCGACUGGCUGUGGAAAGCGUUCAGGGUCAACUGCGCCCCGCAACUGUACCACCUGAUCCAGCAGCGGGAGUACAACGGCAACCUCUCAGGGUGGCCGAUGCGGCCCCCCGAGCGCGUGGGCGGAGUUUCGCCCCGAGGCGCGCAGCCGAUUCUCUAUAGCGUGAAUUCGCCAGGUGCUUCCAGGUCGUCCUGUCUCCCAGAAUCUUCUUCGCGUCUCCCUUCAGACUCCCGCGGAUCCAGGCAUCGGGCUCAGCGGCAGUCGGUUCGUGGCUAUGCCUUCAGUGAAGCCGAUCCGAUCUUUAGCGCGAUGCUUCGGAAGCAAACGCAUCAGGAUUACUUGCGACAGGGCGCGUCGAAGGCCACGACGUCGUACUGUUCGUCUGGGUCUCGGGGGACUGGGCGUGGCAACGCGCUUGCAGUAUCCGACCGCAAGAGCGCGGCGGGCUCCUCAGUCUCUGUCUCCUUCGCGGAUCAGGAGCGGCGCGGAGACAGGAGCCCCAAGGCCGGCAGCAGCGCGUGGGGUAGCGCGGCCGAGAGGGCCUCGUCCCCGGCGGACUCGCACGGAAGCAGGGAUGAGGACGGAGCUAGCGAGCGGUCGAGUCAGGCGGGGAGGGGGAGCCACUUGAGAAAAGGUUCUUCAGUGAUUGCCUCGAUUGUCACGCUGCGUUCGAGGCCAGCGCAGCAUGACGCAAGGGAAGACAGCGAACCGGAGCCGACCUUAGAGUGUCAGGUGCUUCCGACCCCUCGCGAGAUCGAACUCGCUGUCGCGGCGCCUGCUGACUCGGCGGCUGUGAGUUCCGACGAGAUCUCGGACACAGACGACAGCCACGGCGGCCCGUUGGACGAAGAGGACGACGAAGAAUCCUACAGACAGCGCGUGAAACAGUCUAAAGAAUCCCGCGACGACGACUAG